GUUGUCUCGUGUUAUAUUUUCCGCGACUAAUUUUUUUUCGUCUUUCAUUGGCUAGAAUGGUGGCGGUCAAUUGGAGUUUGAAUUGUCCUUGGGUGCGUGCUGUCGGGUGCUGUAUUUGCGUGGUUGUGUUUGCGUCGUUUGCCAGCAUAUGUGAUUACUGUAAACGUGUAUGAAACUAUUGUAACGCUUUGUUUUUUUUUGUUUGUGCAUGUACUAGGCAUUAUUUGUCGUACAAUUCGUUGUUUGGUCUAUUGGUUGCUUGCGAUGUCAACGAACCGGUGGGUUCUUGUGUUUUUCUGUAAUUUAGGUUAUACGUGCGGCAUUUUCUUGAUGGUUAUCGAUCAUCCCUGUAUUUCAAUGUUGUUUUUUUACGAUUUAUGUUGGAAUAGUUGUGACAUAGAUGGAUCCUAAUUGAUAACUUUAUUUUAGUCCGUUGCAGGUAGUCAAUUCGAGUGACAGGAGCACAGAUUUAAGUGGAAUUUUUGCUGAAUACAUACUUGGAAAGCGUUUCUUCAGCUGGGAUGAAUUUGAGAAGUCAUUAGCAGAAUUUCAAAAACAAAACGAUGCCGGAUGCCAGGUUUAAGUACGCUUAUGUUGGUUUUAAAUGCACUUUUGGAGUGAAUCGUACAAGACCUGGAUUGAAAUUGAAAAACAAGUCGUCUAAAUGUUGCAAUUGCUCGUCUUCAUUUCGCGUGGUUUUGCAUCAUAGUGAAUACAUAAUUGCUUCCCACAAUAUGGUGCAUAACCAUCCAUGCAGCAGGGUGUACAUGCAGAAUGACCCAUGGUAUAGACGACUAACAGUUGAAGAGAAAGAAAAUAUUGAACCACUUCUUCAGCAAUCCCACUCAUCCGAUGAAAUAAUAAUGCAUGUUAAGGAGAAGUACAACAAGGAUAUAACUCGCAUUGACGUUAAAAAUAUGAAAGCCGCAGUGAAUAAAGGUAUUUCGAGUCGUCGUGACAUUUUUGAAUUCCUAAAAUCCCGUGGGAAGUUAAUGGAGUAUUAUUCCGAUGAACCGAUCAGGAAUUCACUAACAAGAAUUUGUUUUGCAACUUAUGAGCAAAUGGAAUUGUAUAAACAGUUCCCUGAAGUUGUUGGUAUCGAUUCGACGUAUAAUACAAAUAAAGGGAAGUAUUCUUUGUUCCAGCUACUUGUGACGGAUAAUUUUGGUCGUGGACGACCAGUUUUAUUUGCGUGGACUAGAAAAGAAUUCAAACGAGAUGUAGUUUGGAUAUUAGACUGUUUCCGGCAAAUAAUGGAAGACACCUCGAAAACAGAAUCCUUCAUUAUGGAUUGUGCGCAAGCUGAAAUAGCAGCCGUCAAGUUAACGCACAGACAAGCGCACAUUGUUUUGUGUUCUUUUCAUGUUUGCCGAGCUUUCUGUCGGAAAGUAAGUUUUUCAAAGCAUACUUUACAUUUUAUUCGUAGACAAGAAAUCCCAUUGUGAAGAACUACUUAUGCCGUCUAGUGCAGUGUAAAAGGAGAUCAGAAUUUAAUUUCUACUUCAGAGUUAUUAGCAGAUUGGACGCUAAUGUCAGUCAAUACCUACAACGUCGUUGGAUGCAUCGACGAGAAUUGUGGGCGGCCUGUUUCAGAGAUAACGUGCUGACUUUUGGGAACGAUACAAAUAAUCGUGUCGAGAGUUCCCACAAGCAGAUGAAACGGUUUUUGCAAAGAUCUGAUAGUCUGCAUAAAAGUAUGCUAAAGGUGUAUAAAUGGCAUAAACGAAGUUUUUCAAUAAUACAGCAGGAGGCGAAUAUUGCUCAAUCACGAUGCUUCACGUAUCCCUGUUCACAAAGUUUAAUCCCAAUUAUACGGUUGCUUACACCAUACGCCGCGAGGAAGGUAAUACGUGAAUACCAAUUGCGACGAUGGGCUACUGUUGAGUUCGAAUCCGUUGAUUAUGUAUUUUUCAAAGAAAAUGGGAAAACAGUGCAGGUUGAUCUGAGUGCUUGCACCUGCAC